AUGUCCACCGAAGAGUAUCUUGAAGGACUAGAUACCGAUAACGAGCUUCUAGAAGAAGAGAGUAGUAAUAAUGAUGUGGCUAUGGAAGUUUCGAACUUGGAGGGUCCGAAGCGGACGUUUACCGACGAAUUAAGUAGUGACGAGAACAUGGAUGAUGACGAAGACAUCAAUUUAAUGGAGGAAGAUGAUAAUAUCAUGGAAAAUACUGCCACUGAACUAUCUAACGAUGAAAUGGAUUCCAAUGGGGUGGGUGACAACUUCGACGAUGAGAAAGAAGAUCAAGAUUUGGAAGAUUCCAUAGAAGUUGUUGAGCUUCAAGAUUUUAAUCAAGAGCAAGGCAACCUCGAAACAAUUAUCGCGCCAGAAUCUGGGGUGAAUUUAGAUAGUGAGGAGGAGAUUGAGAAUCUUGAGGAAAUUGAGAGCCUUGAGGAGACUUCGAGAGUUGAAGAGAUUUCGAGAGUUGAAGAGAUAAGAGUAGAAUUGGUUCAAGAUAAAGACGAUCAAGAAGACAAAGAGGAGCAAUCGGAAGUCGAUAAUCUUAAUGGAGGAGCAGAGAUCGAGGUUCUAGACGAUCUCAAAAACCAAGAGGAUGAUGACCUUGAAGAUUCAGAAAGCAUUGAGGAGAUUGAAGUAUCUGAAAUCGUCAAUGAAACUUAUUCAAAAGAAAACUACGAGAAUUCAGAGUCCAGUCUUGAAACAAACGGCAAGAUACAUACAGAGGAUUUUUCCCAUGCAGAUGAUGACAAUUCCCCCGGAGUAACGGAGACAGAGACUACAAACCUUGAGACAGAAGAAUCUGAACCUCAAGAUCUACACAAUGUCUCUAGCGUGCCUCUAUUUCUAUGUAUAUGCGGAGAUGAGUACCUACUAGCACCAUUCUUUGAGAAGUCAAACUACAUGCUUGAGGAUAUGAUUUCCCUCUUCAGCAUGGAUGAAGUUACUGGUAAGUCGCUCGAUCAAUUCUUUCAGCUUCUUCGAGGCAACGGAGAUUUGAUUGAUGCAUACAACUUCGAUGUGGAAGAUGAACUCCGUAUCGAUAUUCCGGAGUUGUCCAUUUCUGUCACAGAAGAUAAUGUUUUCGCUCGUGAAUUGAAGCUUGACGAUAUCAUCAGCUGCUUCUACGCUUUGAGAGAAAACAGCAUUGCUUUUCUGAAGACAGCCAGGAUUCCUGAUAAGCUCACCCUUUUGAUAUCUAUGCAACAGCGAUUCGCUUCUCGGUACCAUAAAUUACAAAGAUUAGCCAACGAAAACGCCACAUUCGCACAGGUCUUCGGACCUGAGCAUUCAAACUCGGAGCUUCCAAAUAAAAAACGGAAGUUAAGCAUAUAA